CUUAUGCGCAUAUUCGCUCUGCGCAUUGGUGUUGGCAACCUUUCGUAAACAAUCAUGGCGGCGCCCGCGGACGAAAAAGAGAGCGCAGAAUCAUUGCUUGCUGAUAUCCAAAAGAAAGUCAAUGAAGCCUUUGAUAUAUUUGACCAUGAAUCUAACAAAACAGUAGACGUGAGAGAAGUGGGGACAAUUAUCAGGUCACUGGGAUGUUGUCCAACAGAAGGAGAGCUGCACGAUUUGUUGGCAGAAAUGGAAGAAGAAGAGCCCACUGGUUAUAUAAGAUAUGAUAGAUUUCUACCCAUUAUGACAAAUGUGCUCAUGGAGAGGAAAUUUAAACCGUCUCCUGAAGAUCAAAUAUUAAAAGCAUUUGAAGUGUUAGAUUCAGAAAAAAAAGGCCAUCUCACAAUAGAGGAAAUUACAAAGUACAUGACGGAGGAAGGUGAACCAUUCACACAAGAGGAGCUAGAAGAAAUGUCCUCAGCUGCUGUAGAUCCAGACAAAGGUGUUAUUCUCUACAGAGACUAUGCAUCUAUGAUGGCGGUUGAUGAAACAUAAUUACAGCGGUUCCAUUCCACGACAUAGUAAUUUGUAGAAUUUCUAAUUUAGGUUUCUGUCUAACUCCUAAGAUAUUUUACACAUAUUCAGGUUUUUUUUAAUAAUCGUUUGUAAAUAUCAUAAUAAUCAUAUUAUUUUCAAAUCAAUUUGGACACAGUUAUUGUAUUACAAAAUUUGUUUUGAAAAAGACUUAAAUAUUAAAUUAAUAUUGUUAU